UGGUCUGCAUGGAUGCGCCCCGAAGGGCCGCGGAGGCGAGGCUCCCUGGAAGCUGAUGUCUAAAGAGGAGCUGGAGAAGCAGUACAGCCCCAGCAGAUGGGUCGUCCGACGGGGAGCGGAGGAAGCCAUGAGGACCUACUCACAGAUAGGAAAAGAGGCCACCAAUAGGGCCCGGGCCACCCGGAGGAGCCUGCUGGAUGUCCCCUAUGGAGACGGUGAAGGGGAGAAACUGGACAUCUACUUCCCCGAAGCAGCGUGUGAAGCCUUGCCUUUCUUUAUGUUCAUCCACGGAGGAUACUGGCAGACUGGAAGUAAAGAUGAAUCGGCCUACAUGGUCGACUCGCUGACAGCGCAGGGAGUGGCCAUGGUGAUAGUGGGUUAUGACAUUGCCCCCAAAGGUACUCUGGACCGGAUGGUGGACCAGGUGACCCGGAGCACCAUGUUUGUGCAGAAGCGGUAUCCAUGCAAUGAGGGGAUCUACCUGUGCGGACACUCAGCCGGAGCCCACCUAGCCAGCUGGAUGCUCCUGGUUAACUGGACUGAGCGAGGAGUCACGCCCAACUUCAAAGGUUUUUUCCUGGUGAGUGGGGUCUAUGACCUGGAGCCCGUUGUGUACACCUCUGUGAACGACCCUCUCCACAUGACCCCGGAGGAUGCUCAGAGGAACAGCCCACAGUGGUACCUGGAGACAACGGUCACGCGGCCCGCGGAUCCAGCCUGCCCCGUGCUGGUGAUCGUGGGCCAACACGAUAGCCCCGAGUUCCACCUUCAGUCCAGGGAGUUUUAUCAGACGCUGUGCCGAGGAGGGUGGAGAGCCUCAUUCGAAGAACUCCACGACGUGGAUCACUUCGAGAUUGUCUGGAAACUAACCCAGCGGGACUAUGUGCUCACGCAGAUUAUUUUGAAAACAAUCUUCCAGGAGUUCUGAUGGCCCCUGAACCCCAGCCGGCGUGCACUCAACUUGCGAGGCUUCUGCAAAGGGCCUGGCCUAUCCACCCUCCCAGCGGCCUCCGCUUCCCAUUUGCCCACCCGCCCUGGCCAGAGCCUGUUCUUCCCAGUGCUCCGGGCAGGAAUUCAGGUCUCCACGGAGAGCCCUGGUCUGGACUGAGCAGCUCCAGGGAUAGUCCAGCCCAGGGCAACGCUGUGUGAUGCCUGGGGCCACCUCUUGCCAAGUCUGACGCCUCUGCCUGCUGAGAAAGGUGACAAAAACGACAGCGCCUGACCUUUCACACACUUACCUCCAGCUCGCCGCCCACAACCCCUUUAAAAGAAAUCAGAAAUGAAUAGUCUUUCGCAACAAGUAAAAAUUAUAUGAAAUUCAAA